AGAUGGCGGCUAGAACAGGGAUGCCACCACCGGCUUCUGGCCAGUCAUGUGCCCCUGUGUUUCCCCCUGUACCUUUGUCCGCAGAUGCUGCCCCGUUCACUCCGCUUGGCACGGAGGGUUGGCAGUUCAACUCCCAGUCGGACGCCGAGAGGCAGUUUGCCCGGUGCGCCUCAAAGCUCAGAUCCCUGCGAGGAGACUCGGCACAGCUCAGAGAGGAGCUCAACCUGCUGUUCGACCAGCUCAUGUCUGAGAACUACAACAAAACCAUGAAUCCCAGCAUCAACAUCCGGCCUGAGGAUGUUUGUGUUCUGCUAAAACAUGCGAGCUGUCUUGUGCCGCUGAGUCAAGAGCAUUUAGUCAUCAAACUCUGUCAGCUGGUGCACCAUCUCCUCAACCAGUUAAAGGUAAUAAUGGAUGAGCAGACACUGGACGUACUGGUGACUUAUACUGUCCAGGCACUGAGUGUGUGCAGCACGUGGACACACUCAGAAAUCCUGCUGGCGCUCUCCACGAUUGUGUAUGGGAAUGGACCUCAGUGCCACAAGCAUCUGAAUGAGUUACUGGGUAAAGAUGGAGUCCUGCUGCUGUAUAGCUCUCCAUCUCAGCCUGAUAUGGAGUUACGCCGCGUUACCCUUACCUGUAUGGCCAACAUCUGUCUCAGGAUUCCUGGUCAGCCACCUUUGGACGAUCAGUACAGAAUUGUAUGUUUCCAAGUCUUCCUCAAAACACUGCAGGCUCCCAAACCCCCCAACACUGACGAGCUGUUCUACUGCAUGGUGAUCCAAGCAGCACUGAAGGGACUUCAGUGGUGUUUAUCAAGUGGGAAGUGGAGAUUUGGUGGAGGGGAAGAGCUUGGGUCUGUACUGGCCACAAUAAAGAGGCUCAUGUUCCAGGGAGCUCCAGGUGUGAGUGUGGAGUGGCCAGCCGUGCUCUACCCAGCUCCUCUUCCUCAGUAUGAAGGUCUCUCUGCUCCAAAACCCCCUGAACCACCAAAGGAAGCUGCCACGACAAGCAAAGCAUCAGGGAAUAAAAAGAGGAAAUCCCGAGGGAAGGGGAAGAAGACGGGCACAGAGGAGAAUCGAGGGGAUGAAAGAGAGGAAGAUGAGAGAGAGGCAGGGCCUGCGCAUCAGAGAGGAGGUGGUGGCGGUGGUGGAGGAGGAGGAAAAAGAGAGGGAGGUGGAAGUGAAGGAGAGUGCUGGUCUAAGCUCUCUGCUCCCUCUCUCUACCCCUCCUGGAAGCGAAGCAGUUCGGACUCUGAGUUUUCAGACCCAGAGGGUGGAGCACAGAGCAAACUGAGACUUUACCAGGGUCGUGUGCGUCAGGGUGCACUCCACUGUCUACUGGCGGUAGUGAAAGGAGUAGAGAAGCGGACUCUAUAUGGCUACUGGUCUUCCUUUAUCCCUGACUCUCCCAUCGGAGGACCGCCACCUCUCACUCUCCUCACCAUCAUACUGAAGGACCCCUCGCCCAAGGUGCGUGCAUGUGCGCUUCAGGUGCUGUCGGCCAUGCUGGAUGGCUCCCGUCAGUUCCUGGGCGUAGCUGAAGACACGGCGUCUCCUCGCACAUCUUUCACCCCUUUCUCCUUCUCCUUGGCGACUGCCAUCAGAGAGCUGCACCGCGCUCUCAGCCUGGCUUUGCUGGCAGAGACCUCUGCACACACACUCACACAGGUCAUAAAGUGUCUGGCUUACCUGGUGGCCAAUGUACCAUAUCACCGCCUGAGACCCGGUCUGCUCAGUCCGCUCUGGAAACAGAUGCGUCCUUACGUGCGCCACAGAGACGUGAAUGUGCGUGUGUCCGUCCUGACACUUUUCGGGGCUCUGGUAACCACACAGGCCCCUCUUCCUGAGGUGCAGCUCCUCCUUAGACAGCCAGAGGGUGGAGGUGGCAGGGCCGGCUCCUUCACACCACAGGACUCUGCGCUCAGCUGGAGGCAAAGAGACGGAGUGUCCUCACCCUCUCGCACGCCAGACACACACUCCCAGCACAACUCGCAUACGCCCACACACACAUAUUCACCCCAUGUUCCUCACACACCAGCAGAAGCGGAGACUGGGCCACCCUGGCUACUGCAGCUGUGUGUUGCACUGGUGACUCAACCCAGAGAGGACCAAUCAGACAGCGAGGGGACAGGACAAGGAGGAGCCUUAGAGCCCUCCCCUGUCCGGCUUGAGGCUCUGCAGGUUCUAGCUCACUUGGUACGCGGCUACUUCUCUCUAGCCCAAGCAUGUCUGUGUGAAAUUGGACAGAUGUGUGCCCGCUGCCUUGGUGAGACGGACCCCUCUAUACAACUCCAUGGAGCUAAGUUGCUGGAGGAGUUGGGGACAGGAAUAAUCCAGCAAUACCGAGCAGAGAGCAGCAUUCCUGAGAGCUCCAGGAUCCCAAUGAGUCAGGUGGUGCAGUUUUGGUCCGAAGUGUUGAGUGGGCCGCUGAAUGGAGCCCUGCAAAAUGAGCAGCAUCCCACACUGCAGACGAGCGCCUGUGAUACUCUCUCCACCAUACUGCCACAGGCCUUUGCACAGCUUCCUGACAAGAGCCAGAUGAUGUGUAUCACUGUGCUCCUGGGGCUGACCUACAGUGAAAACUAUCUGGUGAAGACUGCAGCGGUCAGAGCCCUGGGAGUUUACAUCUUGUUUCCCUGUCUGAGAGAGGAUGUUAUGUUUGUGGCUGAUACAGCAAACACCAUCCUCGCCGCCCUAGAUGAUCGAUCUCCAAACGUCCGUGCCAAGGCAGCCUGGUCCCUUGGCAAUCUCACAGAUACACUGAUUGUCAACAUGGAGAGUGUAGGUGUGGACUUCCAGGAGGAACUAUCAGACAUGUUGAUACUGAAGAUGUUACAGGCUGCCACCCGAGGCUCAGCUGACAAGGACAGGGUGAAGUGUAAUGCAGUGCGAGCGCUGGGGAACCUGCUUCAUUUCCUGCGUCACAGUCAGCUGACCCGCUCUGUGUUCCAGCGUCCGCUGGAAGAUGCAGUCCGUGCUUUGGUACAAACUGUCCAAUCAGAGGCCACAAUGAAGGUGCGAUGGAAUGCCUGUUAUGCCUUGGGAAACGCCUUCAGAAAUCCUGCCUUGCCGCUCGAGUCGGCUCCAUGGUCUUGUGAUGCCUUCUCCGCUCUCUGCUCUGUGGUCACUUCCUGCAAGAACUUUAAGGUGCGGAUCAAAUCUGCUGCUGCCCUCUCUGUUCCCGCCCACCGAGGUUGCUAUGGAGACCUUGAGCGAUUCAGGUGUGUGUGGCGCUCCCUGGCUACAGCACUUGAGAACAGCGAAGACACAAAUGACUUUUUAGAGUACCGCUACUGUGCUAGCCUGCGACACACGCUCUCACAAGCACUCUUACACCUGCUCAGUGUCAGCCAGUCAGGAGACAUGCCAGCCCUCGGUGCAUCACUGGCUGGAGAGGAGGGGACGGGCAUCAAGGAACAUCUGAUCAAAUACCUUAGAGAAGAAGAGGCAGGAGACGGGGCAGAGGGAGCGAAAGAUGGUGAGAGGGACAGUGUGAACCUCCAGCAAAGAAUCGGAGGUCUGCAGCAAACCCUAAAUAGACUGAAGGGGUUGAAAGUGGAGGGGGAGGGAAAACAAGAUGAGGAGAACGGUAAAGAGGUAGUGGUUGUAUUCCUGGAGGAUUUGCUUAAGAGCUGUGAAGAGCCAUGAUGAGCUGAAAGUCACACCCCUGUUUUUUUUUAUCAUGGUUGUCUAAAACAAAGCCCGUCCAAAAUUGUGAGGGCCAGUCACUCAGGCCAGGACCGAUCAGAGCAGGCAGGACAACCACAAGAUGAACAUCCAGACACAGACCAGCCAAGUGGCACUAUAGUUCACAAGUCUAGGAAAACCAUGUCCUUGUUUUUAUUAACACAACAUGUACUUCCAGCACGCCAAGAGCAUUGGAGUGACAUAUUACACACACCAAUGGAAACUAUGUAUCUUUCAAAAUAUGAGGCUUUACUGAUGUCUCAACUUUUGUUUUCUUUCUUUCUUGUUUUCUUUCUUUCUUGUUAUAACUGAAAGCUGCCUCAAAAAGUCACCCUCCCACCCCCUUCAUAUUACACAUUAGCUCGUCUGCUGCUGGACCUUAACUAACUCAGAAGUGCCCUCACGGCGUUACAGUGGUACCAAUGGGGGAAAAAAUUAAAACAGAUGACUCAUGUCUACUCAUAUCUAAUUUUCACAAUGUUGAUAUAAUAUCAGUAUAAUUCCCUACACAGAAUCGCAUGUUUUUCACCCAGGACCUUGUUGUAAACAUGCAAAAUUAUAUAUUUUUUCAUGAAAUAUCAACAACAUGAACUUGAUGAGAACAGUUGACUCACUCACUAACCAGAAUUGCUUUGUUUUGCCAAGUGCAGGUGUGCAAGGUGUCUGACCUGCUUUUUUGAUGCUGCCACUUUACUGGACAGAUCCAGUAACAAAACUCCACUACAGUGCAGACAAGAUGUAUUGUUUGACAAAAAUUAACAUGUUGCAUGUAUUUAUUUGUGGUAGUUAUGCCAGCACUGGCAUAGUCUCAACAUACAGUAAAUCUUGGAUGUCAUUUUACAGCAGUUAUAGCAAGUGGUAUAUAAUAGAUGCAUUAUUAUAAGGAUAAAACUGGGAAAAUACUACCUAUUAAUGCCUUUCUAAAAUCAUGACAAUUAAAUUUGUGUUGGUUGUUUGCCUUAUAACUGAAAGGUCACAGUUUGCUGGCCUCACUGCAGGUAAUGGAAGUACAAGGUUGAUGUACACCACAAGAUAAAAGAUGGCAGAUGUGCAGGUCUAUAGAUCACCUUGUUGUGCUCUACUCACUGUUAUAAACUGUAAUUUACUGCAAUAAAUUUUUUAAUCAUUUCAU